GUUGCCGGGGAGAAACAGAAAUGAUGAUGAGGGUUUGGACAACAACAAGACGAAGAAGAAAGGGAAGAAAGCUGGGUAUUUCAGUGAUGAGAGUGAUCAUGAUGAUGAUGAUUGAUCAUGACUAUGUAGCAUUGACACUUCAGAUUGAAGGCACUUGUGGUAUUGAAUCAAUAUGAAACCGGUUUGUCCUUUUGUUAAAAUUCCUCGGCCGGACGAUAGUAAUGCUUCUAAAAAACCGAGUGAAAACUCAACUAAAUAUCAUGUAGAACAUGAAAGUAAGGUGAAUAAAGAGGUUAAUGACUCGGCCAGCGUUUCACCGAAGUGUCCAAUGGGAUAUGACUCUCAGACGUUUAAGCUUGGUCCUCUUAGCUGUAUGGUAUGCCAAGCGCUGCUGUUCGACACCAGUAAAUGUGUGCCUUGUUUGCAUGUUUUCUGCAAAGCAUGUAUAUCGCGCUUUGAGGACUGUCCGUUAUGUGGAGCUGAUAUUGUGAAGAUUGAGCCCGAUGACAAUCUUCAAGGUGUAGUCGAUCGCUUUAUUGAAGGUCAUGCUAGGAUCAAAAGGUCUGUUAAUUUAGACAAAGGCGAAGAAGCAACAGAAAAUAAUAAGCCGGUUAUAUACGAAGAUGUGUCUUUGGAAAGAGGUUCUUUCUUAGUACAACAGGCCAUGAGGGCAUUCCGCGCUCAGAAUUUAGAAAGUGCCAAAUCAAGACUCAGCCUAUGUGCAGAAGACAUUCGUAGUCAGAUAGAAAAAGUUGGUAACACUUCAGAGUUAUGUUCACAACUUGGAGCAGUCUUGGGUAUGCUCGGCGACUGCUGCCGAGCAAUGGGUGAUAGCAGUUCUGCAGUAACUUAUUUUGAAGAAAGUGUUGAAUUUCUGUCAAAGUUGCCAAAAGAUGAUUUGGAGAUUACACAUACACUUUCCGUUUCACUUAAUAAAAUUGGUGAUCUUAAAUAUCAUGGGGGAGACCUCCAAGCUGCGAGAUCAUACUAUUUUCAAUCCUUAAAUGUUCGCCGUGAUGUUGUCAAGAACAAUUCAAAUGUUUCAUCUCAGGUCUUAGAUGUUGCUGUUUCUCUCGCAAAAGUAGCGGAUGUUGACAAAAGUCUAGGAGAUGAAAAGUCGGCUAGUGACGGAUUUCAAGAAGCUAUAAACUUGCUGGAAUCACUUACUUUAAAAUCUGAAGCCAGUGGGCUUGAGCAAGUUGUUACUUUAUGUAUGCUAAUAAAGAAGUGCUAUAUUAUUGUAUUCCUCCUCUGUUUCCGCAUCCAUAACACAAGCACAGACGUGUGUAUACAUAUAUAAUAUAUAUAUAGGAGGAAUCAAAUUACUCAGUGAAUAA